GACCACUCUGCCCCUCGCUCUCUUCUGCUGCUGCACUCCACUCCUCUCCACCACUUCACUAGCUCGGGUCUCAAGCUGAACCACUUCAAGAAAUAAACCCCUGCUGUGCUGCACGCACCCGCCAUGGCCAGGCCGCUACGUUCCUUCUGCCUCCACCGGAUCAGGUCCGCCGGCGGCGGCGCCGCGUCCACCGCCGCGCCGCCGUCGAUAUGUGGCGCCAAUAAGGAGGUCAGUUCCAGCGACGACGGCGGCGACAGCAAGUCGGUGAUGGACGAGGAGGUGAAGAAGGGCGGCAAUGGCAACGAGGCCGCCGCCGUCGUCGUGGGGAGGAAGGUGAUGGUGGCGGCGGACGGCGGCAGCGAGGAGUCCCGGACGGCGCUGCAGUGGGCGCUGUCGCACGCCGUCCGGCCCUGCGACACGCUCGUCCUGCUCGAAGUCGUCAGGGGCGGCGGCGGCAACGGCAAGAACCGACGCGAUCCAAGAGGGUGUCAGCACCUGGAGGCCAUGAGGAGCAUCUGCCAGGCCAAAAGACCAGAGGUGCGCGUGGAGGUUUCCGUGGUGGAAGGGAAGGACCGUGGCCCGGCGAUCGUGGAGGCGGCGAGGAAGCUGGGCGUGUCGCUCCUCGUCGUCGGCCAGAAGAAGCGCUCCGUCACGUGGCGGCUGCUGUCGAUGUGGAUGGCCGGCGCGGCGGCCGGAGCCGGUGGGAGCGCCGCCGACUACUGCGUGCAGCACGCGGCGUGCAUGGCGCUGGCCGUCCGGCGGAAGAGCCGGCGAGGCGGCGGCUACCUCAUCACCACCAGGCGCCAGAGAGAUUUCUGGCUCCUCGCCUGAGGUCAUGACUAGGUGGUAUAGAUAAGGUUAAUGUGCUGAAGAUUAUAUAGAUAGGGGAAUAAUGCUGUUUGGUGUUGGCUUAAUGGCUUGGUUUGGCUUGUUGCUGCACUGCUGAUCUAGAACUUGCAUGGGAUUGGGGAAGGGAACAUUGGACUAUUCAUGGUUUGCAUUUCGCAACAAUGAAUUGAAAGUUUAUGGAA